UGUUCUCUUGUAAAUCUUUGAAAUUAUAACAUUUGUAAAAAAUGCAAAUUUGCACUCUUUUUUUUUGGAUAGUGAUGUUUACGUUUAUCCAAAUUUUUUUUUCUUUUCUUUCACUAUUUGAUAUUUAAAAAAUAAUUAUUUUGAUGGGAAUUAUAACAACUUCUUUUUUAAUUCAUUCUAUUUAACUAAACAUUCUUUCUCUUUAACCAAAUAACUGAGUUAGUCAAUUACCAUUUCAUUCUUAAUAUCUCGGUUGUUUUUUUACUAUAUAUUCUAUUAUAUCCACAGCUUUAUACUACUUUUGGGUUUUCUUUUCACAACUUACUAUACUCCUUUGCACUUUUUCUAUAUAAAGCUCUUUUAUCAUCAACAAUCAUUUAGUAAUCCAAUAAUCCACUCUUGUUUCACUAAUCUAUUCAAAUAAUUCAUCAUAAUUACUCAUUAAUCUCACUAAAAUGCCUGAGUUAUCUGAUUAUCAAAGACUUGAAAAAGUUGGUGAAGGUACCUACGGUGUCGUUUACAAGGCCUUGGACACAAAACAUAAUAACAGAAUUGUUGCUUUGAAAAAAAUUCGUUUGGAAUCUGAAGACGAAGGUGUUCCAUCAACUGCUAUAAGAGAAAUCUCUCUAUUAAAAGAAUUGAAAGAUGACAACAUUGUUAGACUUUACGAUAUCGUUCACUCCGAUUCUCAUAAAUUAUAUCUAGUCUUUGAGUUUCUUGAUUUAGACUUGAAAAAAUAUAUGGAAAGCAUUCCUUCAGAUUCUGGCCUAGGCUCAGGGAUGGUCAAAAGAUUCAUGAUGCAAUUAAUCAAAGGUAUAUGCUACUGCCAUUCCCACAGAAUUCUCCAUCGUGAUUUAAAACCUCAAAAUUUACUUAUCGACAAAGAAGGUAAUUUAAAACUUGGUGAUUUUGGGUUAGCCAGAGCUUUUGGUGUUCCAUUAAGAGGCUACACUCAUGAAGUUGUUACUCUUUGGUAUAGAGCUCCUGAAAUCUUACUAGGCGCAAAACAAUAUUCAACUGGUGUUGAUAUGUGGUCAAUUGGGGCAAUCUUUGCUGAAAUGGUCAAUAGAAAACCUUUAUUCCCUGGAGACUCUGAGAUUGAUCAAAUCUUUUGUAUUUUCAGAUUAUUGGGUACACCAACUGAAGAUAUUUGGCCAGAUAUUUAUCGCUUGCCUGACUUUAAACCAACUUUUCCAAAAUGGUCAAAAAGAGACCUAAAAACUGCUUUACCAACUUUAGAUAAUGAUGGCAUCAAUUUGUUAGAAAAAUUAUUGUACUACGAUCCAGUUGGUAGAAUUAGUGCCAAAAGAGCUUUGAUUCAUCCUUACUUUAUGGAAGAUAAUGAACCAAGAAAUAUCCAAAUGCAACACUCUUUACCAAUAGGUACUACUGCCUAUAGUUGAUGAUUUCAAAUGAUCUUAAAUACCUUUUUUAUAUAUACUCUUGUUUAUCUUUUUUUUUUUUUUGCAACUUGAAGAUUACCACCCAUUACACUUGUUACCUUUUUUACUAUCAACUAAAAUGCCACUCAUUUAUUAUAUCCACUCACUCACUCAUUUUUACAAAUUCUUAAACUUUUGAUUAUUAUUCGAAUAUAUACAUUUAUAUAUUGGUCUUGUUUUAAUAAAUCGAUUUCCA